GGCGCUGGGGAACAGCGUCUUGGCUGGCCGAGACAGCUAACCCGCUGGCACGCGUGCUGAGCCCUGUGCAGAGGUGGCCUGCGUGAGGCUCGUGAGGCUUUCGGACGACACCGCGGCGAGCUCUGCAAGUCGUUUCCUCGCUUCCCGUCGAGUACUCUGAGGACUGGCCUGCAUCAAAAUGCCGCCCAAGAAGCGAACGCAGACGUCGACGGCCGGCGGAGCGAAGAAGAAGGCCAAGAAGGACGACCCUUCACAGGCCGCUUCGUCUUCUGGAAGUCCGUCGUCGGAGUGGUGCAUGGACUGCGGCGCGGCGUCGGCCGCUGCCUGCCGCGGGGCCCACCGUUCACUGCAAAAAUUUCCGUACCCUAAUACGAAACAACAAACAGAAAUAAGGCUUCACGAAGGCAUCAUAGUGGGAAAGUAUUUUUCAUAUGGAAUCCAUACUCAACACAUUUUAUUGGGAACCUGAUGAGAUGAGUCCAAUUUUUGUCAUUGAAUCAACUAAAUGCUUCAAAACCAUGGAUUGUCGAUUCAGAGCAGCACCACUAUCACCUUGGCUAAUGAAGAAAUUGGCCAAAGCGGAAAUUUGUACUAUCAGAAGACAGUUUAAGGGAACAAACAUUCCUCUAACAAAUCAAUUGGCUCUCACCAGCGGCUCUCUGUGUUGUCUGACCAUGACAGUAAAAGUGACCAGAAUUCAAAGAUUAAUAUGCUGGUUUACAUUGACAUCAAGUAACUUACCUCUCAAAGUAUUCAAAUGUUUGAGGCAUUGUAGAUGGAUACUCUAAAUCAAAAAUGAAUGAAAGCUCAAAUAACGAUGUCAAAGCAUGACAAAAGUCAUCCGCCUCAACUAAAACAGUCUGGUCUGCACAGACUAGAUAGCUUUCAGCCUCAAAUGGUUCUUUGUCUGUAUGAAUCCGUAUGUCUCUACCUGUCAACCUCCGAUGGUGGUCUUGGAGACAGCACUGAGAAAAAAGGAAAGGCCACAGCUUUUUCACUUGAGCCAGGGCCUUUGGAGUUGGAUCAUCUUCAGUUUCUUCUGCUUCAGUCGCUCCGGUUCCAGUUCCAGCCAUCAUCUCUACUGAGUCUCUUGCUUUGACCACAUCUUCUCUUUGAAGUUCGUCCGAGGGUCUCAAGGGUGUAAGAGUGGUGUUUGACGUUCGAAGAUUUUUCUCUUCUUCCAUUUUGGAAGAAGGUAUGUUUUCUUCAGGUCAAGUCGGCCAAGAAGUUAAUGACCAAGGUUGAAUUAGACCAGGAUGUUUUCCUUUGUCUACUUACAUCACAAGCGCUUCUGGCAUUUUCUAUAAUAGAAAAUGGGAUUCCAAUGUAAAUAUUGCAAGCUUUUAUUUUCAACAAGUGCUCUGUAUUGUGAGCAUAGUAAAGUCCACUCUGUUUACAAGAAGUUCACAAUUCCAUGCUGUUUCUGCAAAAGAAAUCUGAGUAGUGCUACCUCUUUUGAAAGCCAUGUCUCAAGAUUCCACCGUGACGCCAGAGAAAAACCUACAGUUCCACCAUGCCAAGUGAAAGUCCCUUGCCCUGUCACAGCUUGUUGUGAAGCUUUCGAUACAAGAAGUGCGUACAUGAAGCAUGUCUCAAAACAUCUAGAAUCCAAAGAAGGAGAAGAAAAGACAAGUUUCAAAUGUUGUCUUGGAACAUGCCAGACAGUUUUCAGUGAUAAACGGAAGCAUCAGCUUCACAUGUACAGGGAUCACCCAGCAGCAACAUUUGGUGGGACAAGUCUUGCGGCUCUGCCAGAAACAUCAACAGAAGAGACCUUUUCAGAAACUAAUGCUGAGGGGACUUCUCAUGCCUUUGAUAAUCUUGAGGGAAUGGACACAAUUGGUGAAGAAAAUGUAAACAAUGAAGAAACUGAAGAAAUUGAUCCAUUUCCUGAAUACGUAGUGAAAGAUGAAAUUGCCAAGUUUUAUCUCAAGCUUGAAGGUGUACAUGCUAUUCCUACGGUUGUUGUACAGGAAAUCUCAACUGAAAUUAAAAAAAUGUCUGAAUUUAGUCAUUAUUUUUUGAAGAAGAGCCUGAAAGAAGCACUAUCAAGUUACAAUGUCUCAGAGGAAAUAACUCAAGCCGUUGUAGGAACAACCUUCAAAUCUGAUCCAGUGUUCAACGUACACCAUAAAAAUGAAGACUCUAGUCAUAUGGCUACACACCAUCUCAGAAAAAAAUUUUGGCACUCAAGAUUUCCCUACGUAUCACCGAAAGAAAUAUAUUUUGGUCUCAAUGAAGCUGGAAAAAAGAGGGUGGCUCAGUAUGUUCCUAUAAGAGAUACACUGACACUUCUCUUAAAGGAUCCGGACUUGAAGGAAAUGGUUCUAAAAUCAUUCGACAAAGGAGAAGGUGAUCCAUCUGUUCUGUCUGAUUAUACAGAUGGCUCUGCAUACAAACACCAUCAAACUCAGCACAGUGAUGGCAAAUGCAUCCAGAUUCAUCUCUUCCAAGAUGCAUUUGCCUUUAAUCCUUUCGGCCCAUCAACUGGAGACCACAAGCCUAUAGGCUUUUAUUAUUCUGUGGGCAAUCUUCCAUCAGAAUACCGCACCAAGUUGGAUCUUAUUCAGCUGGUCUAUCUGGUUCUAGAGAAGGAUACUCAACCCACUCGACAAGAAGUGAUUGAUGGCGAGGAUGUUUUGAAGAGGGCCUUAAAACCGCUUCUGGAUGAAUUGAAAGACUUAAAAUUGAAUGGUAUUGAAAUUAAUGGUGAGAAAAUCCCUGUGUGCCUCAUGUUUAUGAUAGGUGAUAAUUUGGGCCAACAUACCAUGGGUGGAUAUGUCCGAAGUUUCUCUGCCCAUUACUUUUGUAGAUUUUGCCCCAUUUCCAAAGAAGAAUUUAAUUUAAUACCAUAUGAAGUAAAACCAUGGAGGACUCCAGAUGAAUAUGACCAGUUUGUAGAGAAGGCCAGCAAACUCCACAAAGAACAAAAAGCAGAAGCAAUUGCAGCAGCUAAGAAAAAAGCGCUACAAAAAGCAAGAGAACAGGCAGAGAAGGUAACUUCAAGGGGCAGUGCUCCUGCAUCAAAGUCAUUGAUCAAAACUAUUUUGUCAAAGCAUGCUAUGAAAAAAGUGUGUGGAGUGAAUUUCAAAGGAGUCAAAUAUCACCCAUCUCCUUUUAAUUCUGAGCUAUUAAAUUUUCAUGUUGCUUCUCCAGCCCAAGUCCCUUGUGUCGGACAUGAUCUAUUUGAGGGGAUCUUCAAAUAUGUAACAGCCAGAGUUUUAAAUUACUUUAUCACUGUGAAGAAGUAUUUUGAUCUUCCUUGUCUCAAUCGACGAAUCAAGAAAUUUAAGUGUCAAGGAAGAGACAAGCAUGACCCUCCCAAACCUUUGAAAUCUCUUGAUGAACUCUGUGGCAAUGCUGUUCAAAAUUGGAACUUCAUAAGGCUGCUUCCCUUCAUCAUCUCUGACCUCAUUAAGGAUAAACAAGAUCCAGUGUGGCAAUUGUUUCUAAAGCUGAAGGAAAUAACAGAAUAUGUUGCAGCUCCAAAAAUUACUUUCAUUCAAGUGGCAUAUCUAAAAACUAUGAUUAGGGAGUUUAUAAGUACUGUGAAACUGCUUGAAAAAUAUUUUGCCAAAUGCUUCAUCCCAAAACUCCAUGGUCUGGCUCAUAUAGCAGACCUCAUCGCUAAAGUGGGCCCUCUGUUGCAAUUGGGAACCCUCCGCUAUGAAACUUUUCACAUUCAGUUCAAGAGAUAUGCGCAUGCUUGCAGAAGCUUUAUCAAUAUCACCUCUACACUGGCAAACAAGUAUAUGUGCAAAUAUGCAUUUGAUCAUAGCACUGGUUUACUUUGCCCAGAUGUAAUACAUUUACCUGGCAGUAUUCUUUCACUGUCAAAGGAUUCAUUCUCACCAGAAGAAUUAUCAUGUCUCCCGGCCAAUUUUUCUUGGAAUACUGUGGAGUUUUUGAGUAAAGUAUUGGUCAAGGGAACUUCAUAUGAGAUUGGUUAUUAUUUGGUGCUUGACUCAUCUGAAGCUUCAAACUUGAUUGUGGGUCGAAUUUCUCACAUUAUGUUGGAUGAAUUGAAUGAAGUGUCAUUUCUACUAGAAGAAAAAGAAGCUGUUAAUUCUUUCAAUGGAUACUACAAAGUUGAAGACAUGGCAACUCCAUUGUAUAGAUACCAGAGGCACAAAGACCUUUGUGAUUACUACCCUCUACCAAUCUACCAAUUUUUGGGGGCCUCAUGCCUUACACUGAAGCAUUCUGUGAUCUGCAUGUAGUUGCAUGGAAUAUUUAAUGUUGGUCACAUUGGAUGUAACUUUGAGAAGCGACGGCACUAUUUCCCUUUGAAGUCUUGCUCUACUGCAUCUACAUUUCAGAUAUUGAAAAUACUGGUAAAAGACAGGCAGACUGCUGGAACAUUUGGACCAUUUGGAACAUCUGGAACAUUAUCGUGAACAAUUUGACUGGAAAUUUCAAAGCAA